AUGGGGCGAUGCUAUUUGUUGUUUGGAAUACUUGUACUUGCUGGGUUUCUACCGUCCUCAUCACUCACCACCACACGGCGUUUUCAAUUCAUUGUUGAAUGGAAAAAUGUAACCCGUUUGUGCCAUACAAAAGCACUGCUAACAGUGAACGGGGAGUAUCCAGGGCCAAACAUAGCUGUUCAAGAAGGUGAUAGUGUUGAGAUUAAGGUCACUAACAGCGUUGCCAGGAACACUACUAUCCAUUGGCAUGGAAUAAGGCAGCUAAGAACAGGAUGGGCGGAUGGUCCAGCUUAUGUUACACAAUGCCCCAUCAGAGGAGGGCAGUCCUAUACUUACAAGUUCAGUGUGAUCAACCAGAGGGGAACUCUUCUUUGGCAUGCCCAUCUCUCAUGGCAACGAGCUUCAGUCCAUGGUGCCUUCAUUAUCUACCCACGCAUGCCCUACCCAUUCUCUCCACCACUAUUUGAAGCUCAAAUACCCAUUAUAUUUGGUGAAUGGUGGAAUGCAGAUAUAGACGCAGUGGAAAAUGAAAUGAUGAUGUAUGGGGGAGGGCCAAAUUCUUCAGAUGCUUACACCAUUAAUGGCUUGCCAGGACCACUCUACCCUUGCUCUAACAAAGAUACUUUUAUCCAGACUGUGGAGCAUGGCAAAACCUACUUGCUUAGACUCAUUAACGCAGCACUCAAUGAUGAGCUCUUCUUCGCAGUGGCCAACCAUACAUUGACUGUUGUAGAGAUUGAUGCAGUUUACACAAAACCCUUUAUAACCACAGCCGUAAUGAUCGCUCCUGGACAAACCACCAAUGUCCUUCUCAAUACAAAUCAUCAAUAUUCCUCUCAUGCACCCACAUUUGCAAUGGCAGCCAGGCCAUAUCUCACUUCUGUUUUCCCCUUCGAUAAUUCUACUACAAUCGGCUUCUUCAAGUACAAACACAACACAACAAUGAGCACCAAAAAAACUACUACUGCUACUACUAUUACUAUGCCUCACAACCUUCCUCGAAUGGAAGAUACUGCCUUUGCCACUCAAUUCGCAGACAAGCUUCGAAGCCUUGCAUCUGCUCAGUACCCUUGUAACGUGCCCAAAAUGGUGGACAAGCGAGUGAUCAUAGCUAUAAGUCUUAAUCUUCAAGACUGUACUGCUAACCAAACUUGCAAAGGCUACAAUGGGAAGAGAUUCUAUGCUUCAAUGAACAACCAAUCAUUCAUCCGUCCACCCAUGUCAUUACUGGAAGGCUAUUACCGUAACCUCACCACCGGUCCUUACUCCACCGGUUUCCCAGAGAAGCCGCCAAGAACAUUUGACUAUACAGGCGUGGAUCCCUUGACGGAAAAUAUGAAUGCCGAGUUUGGUACGAAGCUCUUGGCAGUGCCUUAUGGCACCAAGUUGGAGAUAGUGUUCCAGGAUACGAGUUUUCUUAACGUGGAGAACCAUCCAAUCCAUGUCCAUGGUCACAACUUCUUCAUUGUUGGGAGGGGAUUUGGAAACUUCGACUCUGCCAAGCACUUGGGACAAUACAAUUUGGUUGAUCCUCCUGAAAGGAACACAGUGGCAGUUCCGAUUGGGGGAUGGGCAGUGAUCCGAUUCAAGGCAGACAAUCCAGGAGUAUGGUUCAUACAUUGCCAUCUCGAGGAACAUACUUCAUGGGGCCUUGCCACCGGCUUGAUAGUAUACAAUGGUCCGGACCCAUCUCAGUGGUUGCUCCCUCCCCCUCAAGAUCUUCCCGAAUGCUGA